CUAUCAUUGAGCAAGAACAUGGGCACAACCAUGUCGAGUGCCGACGGCCAACACAUGCAGGGUCGAAUACGAGCGCUUGCGGGAUCCUUGGUUGAUCUUGAGAAGCAUGUCGGCCAAGCCAACGAAUGGGCGAGGCAGUGCCCAGUCCCCACCGCCGUGCAACUGCGAUUCCGCAUGCUCGUACUCCGCGAAGACGAAUUGGCGUGCGCAUGCAUUCCAUUUACGAGGACGUUGGAAGACGUUGUAAAAGUUGAAGCGAGAAAAUUGCGUCGCCACGACCAAAGCCUCAUCAACGCGCCUCAGACAUUGACAGUCGGCCAGUUCUACCGCAUGUAUUGCUACUUCUCCGACAUCCAUGACUGCGCAUCCCGGCGGCGGUCGCCGCCACCUCCUCCCAUGGGCGGGUCUCUUGGCAGCCACGUCGAUGAACCAACCGACCCUUCCGACUCGGAAUGCCUCAUCUGCAUGGAUGCAGACAACGAAAUCGUAUUGCCGUGCACCCAUAGCUUCUGCCAACGAUGCUUUCAUUCGUGGCAUGCUUGCCACAACUCCUGCCCCACCUGCCGCCGCGUCCUUCCAAUCCAGCAAAACGCCAAGUCCGACGACGAGCUGUGGCACCUCGCAACGUACGACAGCCAUGACCGCGCCGCCUACAUCCACCACUUGAUCACUCAAGCCCUUUUUGUCUUGGACCACUGGUGACUAGUAAAUAGGUACUGUAUGCAGUACUUGCCACAUAGUCCAGGAAUUAUAACACACAUACAAGGGUCAUUUGGAAUUAUAACACACACUCAAGGGUCAUUU